AUGAGAGAAUAUGUUUCUACGAUUCCAUUCCCUCAAAGGUUGAAGAAGAAAGAUCAGGAGAAAAAAAUUGCAAGAUUUCUUGAUGUCUUUAAGAAGCUCUACAUUAAUAUUCCAUUUGUGGAGGCCUUAGAGCAAAUGCCUAGCUAUGCAAAAUUUAUGAAGGACUUGUUGUCUAGAAAGAGGAAGUUGCAAGAAGAUGAAACCAUAAUACUCACAGAGAAGUGCAGUGCAAUAAUUCAAAAAAAAUUACCUCCCAAGUUGAAGGAUCCAGGAAGCUUUGUGAUUCCAUGUGAGAUUAGAAAUAUAAUGCACAAGGUGGACAAGGAGGAUUGUUUCCGACUUGAGUCUUUAGUGUUAAAGGAAAUGGAUAAUCAUGGGAGGAAGAGUCCAUUAGAGCGCACCUUGUUGUCAGGAAUGGACGCAAAGGAGUUACUUGAAGAAGUGAGUGAUGAAGAAGUGGUGCAAUGUGCCCAUCAAUUAGAAGUUCUCAAGCCUUUAUUCAGUUCUACCAGAAGAGUAGAAGACCUUAACAAGAGUGAAGGUGGAGGAGACGAGACAUCCAAGGUAGAAUUGAAACCACUUCCUUCUCGCCUUAAAUACAGUUUCUUAGAUGAGACAAUGCUCAAUCCUAUCAUUAUAAACAAUGAACUUACCGUUGUUGAGGAAGAGGAGCUUGUAAAGGUGUUGAGGGAGCACAAAUCCGCUAUAGGUUGGCCAAUUGAUGAUUUACAAGUGGAUUAUGUGUCAAAGUGGGUGGAGACUAGGGCAUUACCAUCAAAUUAUGCUCAAGUGAAAUUUGCAGCACUUUUGGGGAAAUAUGGUGUCAACCACAAGAUCGCUACUCCUUACCAUCCACAAACUAGUGGGCAAGUGGAAAUUUCCAAUAGGGAAUUGAAGAGAAUUUUAGAGAAAGUUGUGAGCUCAUCCAGGAAAGAUUGGUCUAGGAAACUAGAUGAUGUACUUUGGGCUUACCGUACAACUUUUAAAACUCCUAUUUGA